AUGUCAUCAUAUUGUGCAAUCAACAAAGAACGAAAAAAACUCAACCAUCCAUCACUUAUUCGGUGGAUAAAGGAAGAAAAGCGAAUCUCAUCAAAAAAACAAAAUCAACAACAAUUUGUGGAGGAAAUUGCUGAUGAGGACGGUGUUUGCAGGAAAUGCUUUCCUGAUGGAAUGGUAAAUGAAUCAGUUCAACAACAACAAGAAGAGGAUGAUGAUAAUCGUAAAGUUAGAUUUACAGAACACAAUUCAGAGGAUGCCCACAAUACUCUUUCGGAUUUGACAAACUCUGAAGCAGUAAACGCAAAGACAGAGCUUCACAAGAAAGUAAUUUUCAUGCACCAUCAACAAAACAGGAGAAAUGUUAUUGAUAAAGCUGAACAAACAUCACUAGUGAGUGAAGAUGAAUUUGGAAAAUUGUCUGAUGAAAAUUUGUUUGGAAAGGUACACUAUCUUCUGUCCUCUAUCAAAUCUAAUAGAGUGGAAACCAAUGUGACGCCAACCAAAAUUACAAACAUGACCCUAGACGAUGAUGAGCCAAGACCUAGUAAUUUAAAUAUUUCCCCUUCUUCCUUAUUCUGUGGAUAUCCUUCCAAUGCAGACGAUCAGGCACCAUUACAAAACACUAGCCGAGAGACACCAUCUUUUGAAAAUGAAUUAUUUCAUAACUAUUCACUCCCCAAACAAACAGUAUCACCCAAUAUUUCUAACUUAACUUUGGCAGAUGCCUCUAGGCAAAUUCAAUCCAUGUACAAUCACAUUACAUCUGUAUACGGAUCAGAACCAUUAAAUCAAAGACAAAUAAUAUUCGAGAAAACACUAAAUAUUGGAAUAACCAGUAACAAUGAAAAUGAUACGGUUCAUGACUUGAACUACAUUAAGGAUAAAGUAAAAAAAUUACGAAGCAAAAGACUUCAAGAAAUCAAAAGAAAUUUGGAAUUUGAAAGGGUAGAAUUAAUGAAAAAUCCAAAAAUAGGAGAUCUUAAAAAGCGAAUUAGUGACCUUAAAAGAAAAAUAGAAAAAGAAUACGAGAAGGAUGAACUUUUCAGAAAACAAAGACUGAAGGAAACAAAUAGACUAAAACUUGUGAAGAAUACUCCAAAAGCUGAAGAGAAGCUUAAAAUGUUUUUAAAUGCCCUUAAUGCUAAUUAUUCCAAUACUUGCUAUCAAGUAACUAUUUAUGAGGGAGAAAUAUCGACCUGUCUGGCCAAACUGUUUUUAAUUUAUUUAAAAAUUGAGAAAGAAAUACAAAAAUCUAGGGAUAUAUUGCUGACAAAAUUGAAUGAUGAAAUGUUGGAAAACUGUGCUAGGAAUACUUUUUACGCCUUCAAAAACUUUACUAAAAAGCAACAAGAUUUGAGGCAACAACAACAAAGAUUUGACAACUACAUAACUCAUAGAAGAAAAGUAAGCCUCUUUGCUAAAUGGAAAGAAAGUACAAAAUCUUCUGUUACAGAGAAGGAAAAGGAUGAGGUAGCUAUGAUUCAUUACUACAAUAACCUCCAACGUAAGGCUUUCAAUAGUAUAGCUUUCGUCUUGAAUAGUAUGAUUCUUAAACGGUGUGCAAAGGAGCUUUCUUUUAUGUGGAGGGAUAGGCAGAUUCUUGGAAAGGGGUUCUUUGGUUGGAGGCAUCAAUCUGAAAAAACAAAGUAUUUGAAACAAGGUCUCAUGAGGUUUGCUGUUUCAGAUUCCUUUGAUGAGUUGGACAGGUUCAAAUCUGAAUAUGAGAUUGAGUCCUACAUGUCUUACAAAAUACGUCUCAAUUUCAGAACCAAAAUAACCAAGCACUUGAUUCAACUUUAUAGAGAAAAGAAAUCCCUAGUUUCUAAAUUCGAGCACACUCCAAAACUUAGAUACAUUGAAUACUUUACCAAAAAACCAAUUGAUCUGAGUACUAUUUACAAAAUUGAAGAAUACGAUCAAAGAUUUAAGCACUUUAACUAUUUGAAAAAGCACGACAGCAGACCAGUUUGGGAUGGUCCACCAGAGGAGCAGUACGAACCACCUCUCUACUCAAAAUCUUCUUUUCAAAAAGCAUCAAUUCCAAACCUUACUGAACAAGUAUAUGAUAUCAGACUCAAAAAGAAAAUAUUUCAACAGUGGAGUGAAAAAGCGUGUGAUAAGAUACUUAAAAACAGAGCGGACCAAUUCUAUAGUGACGUGACAAAGCGAAAGGUCUUGUACGUACUAAGAGAAAAUAGAGAUGAUAUUUACGAAAAGAGUCUGCAAAUACAGGACAAUUCAAAUGCUACAAUGAUUGUUAAAUACUUCAACAAGUGGAGAGAAACCACAGAACUAGUCAGCCAUGAAAAAGAUAGUAUUGCCUCAGAAUACUACAAUAUAACAUUAGCAAGAAAGGCAUUCCAAGCUUUGAAAACAACUUGUCUUGUAGAUUACAAUCCUCAUUUGAAUGAUCUAUGUAAGCAAUGGCUUGUCAAAUCAAAGGAGCGUUAUUUCAAACGUUGGAAGUUGAUGUUGUUCUUGAGAAAAAGUGAAGAAAAGUUUGAACUGGCAGUUGCAGAACAAUAUCAAAUGACUUUAAAGUUCAAACUGUUAACAGCUUGGAGAGAAAAAGCAAAAAAGAGACAACUGUUAAGAAAAGUUCUCACUGACGGAGCCAACAGAAUGAAGGCCAAAACCACUGUUUUAGAAAAUAAGAAAUCUUUAGCCAAAUAUGUUCUUAAACAAUUGAAAAAGAAUAAGGAAGUCAAGAUCUCUAGGAAAAAUCAAUACUUCAUGUUUAUCAAAUCUAAGAAAUUUUAUGAUGAUGCUCUCAAGCAAAAAUUCUUCCAGUUGUGGAAAAUCAAACAAGCCAUUGGAGAAGAACAAAAGAAAUUGGAACAGUCACAGGAGGAGAAAGAAAAGACAGCUAUUGCACUCAAUCACUAUAAUCAAGUGAUAAAGAAGAAAAUAAUCAAAUCAUGGAGAGAGUAUACCCUUGAAACAAACUUUGUUGAUAUAUUUAUUUUGAGAAAGGCUUUUGAAAAUUGGAGAAUAUUCGCUGCUAAAUCAACCGAGGAACCAAAGCACAAAUUUAAAAAAAACAUUUUUCAAAGAUGGAAAGCUGCACUCAGAGAAAAGAAUGAAAUGAGCUCGUUAAAUAGUCUUGCUGAAAGGUUCCACGAAAGAAAACUGGCUCAGAAAUCAAUGGGGUCCAUCAAGGAAUACAUUGUCCAACAAAGAAUAGAACAUGUUCAAUUGAUAAGAGCUAAUCAAUAUUACAAAGAAUCUCUGAUGAGGAAAGUUUUAAUAGGACUAUUAAUCAAUGUAAAUACCAUACGAGAUAAGAGGCGAAAGAGAGAAAAGGCUGACUUGUUCUAUCACAAGAAAUUAGUUCAAUCAUCACUAGAAUCACCACUCUCGCUCGAUAGAUUCUUGAAUGCGAGACCAAACUCACCAUUCUUUUUUGCCAAGACUGUGAAUAUUGUUUAUUACAAGCUUCUCAUUAAGGGAAUCGAUUCUUGGACAUUUUUUGUAAAGAAGGAAAAGGAGAAACGACUUAUGCUAGCCAAGGCAGUCCACGCCAAUGCAUCAAAUCUAGUAGCAAAGUGCUUUAAUUUGUGGCGAAUCAAAUCAAAACUACAAUCUCACAAACAUCCCAAAUUUAUAACCAAAUCCAAUAUCACUAAUUCAAAAAUUGUUCAGAGCAAUAUAUCACCAGCCCUUAGUACAAACAUUGUUUCUCCAAUUCUUCAUUCAAGUUUGACACCACAGGAGAGGAAAAUUCUCAUUCAUCAUCACCACUAUCUGAUUGCCACUGAUUCUGAUGAUGAUGAUAUUGUAGAUUAUCUAAAUAUUAUUGAAUAAAUUUUCAUUCUC